UUCGGGCCGUGGGAGGGAGGACCGGCGUCACAGGUCCUGGCAGGGAAGACGCCGGCAGGUCCUGGCAGGGAAGAGUCGUGUUGAUGGCAGCUCGUGGGUAGGCGGCACUGGCGGGAUGGAGUCUCGAGUCCCAGACGCCGGGGCCAGCGAGGCUGAGCGCGCCUCGGGCGAGGGCACGGCCGGCGGCCGCGCUGCUCCGGGCCCCGCCGUGUCCUCGCCCUUAGGAGCCGCCCGGUGGAAGCUCCUGCGGCAGGUUCUGAAGCAAAAACACCUGGAUGGUUGUCUACGACAUGUAUCUGUAAGAAGAUUUGAAUCAUUUAAUCUGUUUUCAGUAAAAGAAGCCAAAGGAAGGGAAACUGAAGAGGAAUUUGGUGCAUGGGUCCAAUAUACAAGUGUCUUCUACCCUGAAUACAGUAUUUCCUUAAGGCAUAAUAGUGGAUCUUUGAAUAUUGAAGAUGUUCUUACCAGCUUUGACAAUACAGGAAAUGUUUGCAUUUGGCCGGCUGAAGAGGUUUUGGCUUACUACUGCCUCAAGCACAGUGAGAUAUUCAGGGACCUUGCUGUGUGUGAGCUAGGGGGUGGCAUGACAUGCUUGGCUGGGCUCAUGGUUGCUAUUUCUGCAGAUGUCAAAGAAGUUCUGUUAACUGAUGGGAAUGAAAAGGCCAUCAGAAAUGUGAGAGACAUCAUCCAAAGGAAUCAGAAGGCUGGUGUGUUUAAGACUCAGAAAGUAUCAAGCUGCGUUUUACGAUGGGAUAAUGAGACAGAUGUCUCUCAACUGGAAGGACAUUUUGACAUGGUUAUGUGUGCUGACUGCCUGUUUCUGGACCAGUACAGAGCCAGCCUGGUCGAUGCAAUAAAGAGAUUGCUCCAGCCCGGGGGGAAAGCAAUGGUAUUUGCCCCACGCCGAGGGACUACUUUAAACCAGUUUUGCAAUCUAGCUGAAAAAGCUGGCUUCUCUCUCCAAAGACAUGAAAAUUAUGAUGAACACAUUUCAAACUUCCACUCCAAGUUGAAAAAGGAAAACCAGGAUAUGUAUGAAGAAAACCUUCAUUACCCACUUCUGCUUAUUUUAACCAAAAGUGGAUAGAAGACUAAGCUGCUCAACAGAUGAAGAAAACAUCAAGUACACAGGGAAUAUUUUCCCGAACCAGAAAUCUGUAAUGUGUGUAAUAUGCAGCAAGCCGUCGGCUUCCUGUCCAGCCCCCAAGCUGUGGGCCCCGAGCCACCUUGGCGACAUUCCACGUGUGAUUAUGGAGCCCACCUGUCCUCACCCACAUUAUUCCCCAGCCAUCCCCGUCCUCUCUUUUUUCAGUCCGCUUGUUGCUCUUCCUGCACUAAACCUUUGUUUGUCUUUAAAUAUCUAUAAACAGCCUGUCUGCUAUCUGAAUUGGAUUUGUAAGCACCCUAAAUAUUUUUGCCUCUAAUUGAGACAGAAUUUCCGUUGGUGAUUGCCACCCCCAUUUUUGAAAAAAAAAAAAAAAAUACCUUGGUCUUUGUUCCAUUUGGGUGGCGGUAGUUUUUAAUGUAUAAAACCGCAAACAUGACGAUUCUAUCCUGGUUAAUAAAAAUAAAGCAUAUC